ACUAGAUCAUCUGCUACCAUGUCCAGCUCAUUCGAUCUCCAUGUUCAGACAACUAUCUCACCUCACAAUGGACAGGCAUACCAUGUAGAAACAUAUCCUGUUUCUAGUGAUCUAGACCGCACUCUCGAAAUUGCAGCACAGUCUCAGAAAGAGUGGAUCAAGACUACACUGAGCGAACGUAUCGCAAAAGGUCGCAAAUUCAUUGAGAAAUUUUCUGUUCUUGCAAACCGAGAAGUACCAGCAACAUAUGAUCACGGUCCCCUCGGACAUCAUAACCUUGCUGAAGAGCUAUGCAAUCAGAUGGGCAGGCCUGUUGAUCAGUGUUGGGGGGAGUUUAGAGGAUUUUUACAGCGCGCAACCUACAUGGUCGACAUUGCUGAAUCGUGUCUCUCAGACACAACCUUUUCAGACAACCAACCUGGCUUUAGUCGCUCAAUCAAGCGCGUUCCCCUUGGUGUCAUUUUCGUCAUCGCUCCAUGGAACUACCCGUAUCUUGUCAUGAUCAAUUCUGUGCUUCCGGCGCUCAUUGCCGGAAAUGCUGUCAUCUUGAAGCCUUCUCCCCAAACGCCUCUUACCGCCGUGCGAUUCAAGGAAGCUUUGAAUGAUGCUGGAUUUCCUACUGAUCUCAUACAAGUCGUGCAUCUCUCGCUACCGCUUACUCGAUAUGUCGUGCAGCAUAAGCUAGUCGAUUUUGUCGUGUUCACAGGCAGCGUGGCAGGAGGAAAGGCUAUUGAAACGGCAGCCGUUGCUGCUGAUGGAUUCAAGGGCGUUGGUUUGGAGCUCGGAGGAAAGGACCCUGCAUAUGUUCGUGCAGAUGCAGACCUGAAAGACGCAGUAAUACAGCUAGUUGAUGGCGCAAUGUACAACGCUGGGCAGAGUUGCUGUGCAGUCGAGCGGAUCUACGUGCACGAGUCCGUGUAUGACACAUUUGUGAAUGAAUAUGUCAACGAAACCAAGAAACUCAUACUGGGGGAUCCUACAAACAAGCAAACGACCAUUGGUCCGGUGAUUAGCAUUGCCAGUGCAGAGAGGAUCCGCCAGCAGGUUUCUAGUGCAGUGCAAACGGGCGCAAAAGCACUAAUACCCGAAAACCUGUAUCCAACGGCAGAACCAGGCACGGCAUGUGUUGCGCCUCAAGUCUUAGUCGAUGUGAAUCACACGAUGGACGUUAUGCAGGAAGAGACAUUCGGACCCAUCAUUGGCAUCCAGAAGGUCUCAUCUGAUGCAGAAGCAAUUGAGCUCAUGAACGACUCGGAAUACGGUCUUACCGCUUCCAUCUGGACGAAGUCAUUGGAUGACUUCAGCACCCUCACAGACCAAGUGCAAGCCGGAACAAUCUUCCUCAAUAGAUGUGAUUCGCUCGACCCAGCCUUGGCCUGGACAGGGAUCAAGAACAGUGGACGCGGCGUCAGUCUGAGCAAAUUCGGAUACGACCAACUGACACGGGCGAAAUCUAUCAACAUGCGGAUAAACACUGCAUGAUCAGAUUACAUCGUGGGGUACGCUAUUGAGAUAGGUCUCGUACAACAAGGAGUAGAAUAUGACACGGAAGUCGUGGAUAUCUCAAUUCUUGAAGCAACAGUGUAUUAUGGAUACCUGCAGACAAGUAUCGUCAGUUAUGAUCAACGCAACGAUCAUAGAUGCAAAACAAUGGUAGAUCAGGACCCUCAAGCGUAAAUAGAGGGCCAGGGAAAAUAUCUCCAACGUGCGGACACUCGGUCUGUGAGCUCAGCCCAUCAACCAAGAAGUUUGGGACAAG